AUGAAAGUGAAGUUUGUCAGAGUGUCAGCCACGCUGCAGUAGAGACAAGUCUCUGUUUCUCUCUGAAAGAAAACUCAAACUGACUUCAUCAGGUCUUUCUCAACAACACAGCAGAGUCUCUGCCAAACAGUGAUAUGGCUGCUGCAAACUAUCUGUCAUCUGAAGAUCAGUUUCUGUGCUCCAUCUGUCUGGAUGUGUUCACUGAUCCUGUCGCCACACCAUGUGGACACAACUUCUGCAAGAACUGCAUCACUGAACACUGGAAUAUAAGUGACCGGUGCCAGUGUCCCUUAUGUAAAGAGGCCUUUACCACCAGACCUAAUUUGAAAGUUAACACUUUCAUCUCUGAGAUGGUUGCUCAGUUCAGACAGUCAGCUCAACAGAAAGCCAGCAGCAGCAGCUCAGAGCAACAAGUGUUCAAACCAGGAGAAGUUCCCUGUGACGUCUGCACUGGAACCAAACUGAAGGCCCUGAAGUCUUGCCUGGUGUGUCUGGUCUCCUACUGUGAGACUCACCUGGAUCCUCAUCUGACAGCUUCACGUCUGAAAAGACAUCAGCUGAUCGACCCUGUGGAGAACCUGGAAGGCAGGAUGUGUACGAAGCAUGAAAAACCUCUGGAGCUGUUCUGUAAGACUGACCAGACAUGUGUCUGCAUGCUCUGCACUGUUUUAGAUCACAAGACACAUGAUGUUGUUCCUCUGACAGAAGAAUAUGAAGUAAAGAAGAUAGAGCUGGGGAGGACAGGGGCUGAAAUUCAGCAGAUGAUCCAGAAGAGACGACUGAAGAUUGAGGAGAUCAAACACUCAGUCGACCUCAGUGAGGAAGAUGCAGACACUGAGAUAGCAGAAGGUGUUCAGGUCUUCACUUCUCUGAAGGAGUCUGUUGAGAGAGGCCUGAAUGAGCUCAUCAACACCAUCAAAGAGAAGCAGAAAACAACAGAAAAUCAGGCCAAAGCUUUCAUCAAAGAGCUGGAACAGGAAAUCUCUGAGCUGAUGAAGAAAAGCACUGAGGUGGAGCAGCUCUUACACUCUGAAGACCACCUCCAUCUUCUCCAGAGUGUCCAGUCCCUUAACAUCCAACAACCUCCACCCACCAAGGACUGGACAGAGGUAAGCGUCCGUCCAUCAUCAUAUGAGGGGACUGUGGUUAAAGCUGUGGUUCACCUGGAGAAGACACUCAGUGAAGAGAUGAAGAAGCUGCUCCCUGAGUCUGAGCUGAAGAGGGUCCAGCAGUAUGCAGUGGAUGUGACUCUUGAUCCUGAUACAGCACAUCCUGAACUCAUCCUGUCUGAUGAUGGGAAACAAGUGAAUCAUGGUGAUGUGAAGAAGAAUCUCCCAGACAACCCGGAGAGAUUUUCUCGUUACUGUAUUGUUUUAGGAAAACAGAGUUUCUCUUCAGGCAGAUUUUACUUUGAGGUUCAAGUUAAAGGAAACACUGAUUGGGUUUUAGGAGUGGCCAGAGAGUCGAUCAACAGGAAGAGAGAAAUCACAGCGAGCCCUCAGAAAGGUUUCUGGACUAUAGUGGUUAUAAAGAGAAAUGAUUGCUACGCUCUUGCUGACCCUCCAGUCCGUCUCUCUCUGAAGUCUUUCACUCAGAAGGUGGGGGUGUUUGUGGAUUAUGAGGAGGGUCUGGUCUCCUUUUAUGACGUAGAUGCUGCAGCUCUUAUCUACUCCUUUAAUGGCUGCUCCUUCACUGAGAAACUCUUCCCGUACUUCGGUCCAUAUGAUGGUGGUAAAAACUCUGCCCCUCUGAUCAUCUCUCCUGUCAGAGUAAACUAAUCACUGAUCUCAUUUCAGGUAUUGAUUUAUUUUCAAUCAAAAGGAACAAAUAUUUGACAUCUUAUUUUCUACAUAAUAUGUUUCCUGUGGUGACUGAUUUCCACUUUAUUACAUUUAUUAUCAUAUGGUUAAAUGUGCAGCAAUUCUUUGCAAGUUGAAUCAAACUUCAUCUUGACAUAUAUGGUGUCUUUAGAAACUGAUUUCUUCUGGAAGUUAUAAUGAAUGUCUGUGGGUUUAAAAGAGGUUUAAAUAGAUAUCGUCCACAUAACGUGUCAUGAUGCAUCAAAUGAUGUGUUGAUUAUGUAAUCGGAUACACAUUUAUUUGUAUUUGAUGUGCAGCCACAGAAAACAUAUUGCUGAAUAUUUCAUUGUGUCAUGAAGCUUCAUUUGAGAGUGAGGCCUAUUAAAUCCCAUAGUGUCUACAGAACACAGUAUGUGUCGUUGUUAUACCGGGUAUAACAAGUUAAUGGAUGUUUCUAUCUUGUGUGAAAAGUGUUUUAGAUAAUUAAUGGUCACUUUGGUCAUUGUUUAUUUGUUUCAUGAAUACUGUAAGAUGGUUUAUGAGUCAAAGAAAUCUGUAACUAUUUGAUUGUAGAAUAAAAACUAAAAUAAAGCGGUUAUUGAACUGAAGGUCUGAGCAAGCAGUGACUUGAGCACUGGAGGAAAUAUACAGUAAGCAGAGCUUUUUUAACAAUGCUGUUCCCUAAAAAAACUGGUCUACACAACAGGAUGUGGACAUAUUCUAAUUAAAUCUAUUGCAGAUAUCUAGAAAGUUAUUUCUGACUAGGAAGAUUUAAAUACAGAUACCUGCAAUAAAUAUCCAGUAUAGCUACUAAAUGUUAAAACGGACACUUAUACUAUUUAAGGAUUUAAAUUUAGUUUUGACUAGUACAGUCAAAGUUGUAGAUAUCUUGAAAAACAAUUGCUACAAGUAAGAAUGUUAUUGUGGAUAUCUUUAACA